AUGGCUCCAAAGACUGGGUUCAAAAUCCCUCAACCUUGGGACACAAGUAGACCUAUACUUGAUGAAAAGGAUCCCCUGUUGAUUGAGGCAUAUUUGCGUCACUGCGCGCAGAUCGUGGAGGAUGGUGGCAUCACAGAUGUCAAACAAGCAAAAAGCAUGUACAUUCGUUAUUUGCCGUCGCGGCAAGUAAUGGACGUAUGGGAAGGUCUCGAUACCUAUUCCGACGACACGAAAACUGUCGCGGAGUUCGAGACCGAAAUAUUAAAAGGAUACCCUGAGGUGUCCAAGCGAAAAACGGGGACCAUGGCAGAUCUAGAUAGACUCUGUCGCGAGAACCGUGGAAUCAAAAUCACGGAUGAGGGCGAUUUGAAGCGUUUCGGCCUUCAGAUGUACAGUCACUACAAGCGACUGUCAGUCCCUCCUGCCAUUAUUACCAACAAAGUCGCGUGUGAACGCUACAUGCGUACUUUGGACUCCGAGUUCAGUACCAUCUUGAGGAAUGCUUUGGCUACGAGUCAAGUAUUCAACAAGCGCUACCAAACUCGCGCCGGGAUAGCAAACGCUAAUGUCCCCGCGACUGGAGUCAACCGGCAGGACGACCCCAUCCAGUUGAAAGAAUUAAUGACGAUGGCGGAAGAAAUGGCGUCGACGUUGAGCAACGAAGACGAAAUUCCCAUAAUCGCGCGACCUCCCAAGGUUUGCUUCGACUAUGAGACUAGUCCACCCAACCAUGCUAAGGUUGAGGAGUUGGAAAACUCGAUUUCCAACUUGAAGGACUCAUUUCUUCUACACCAAAAAGAGCUACAGACUCAGUUGCAGGAAGCGCUGAAGACUUUCCUACCAAAUGGAGAGGGGACUCAGGGACAACGAGUAGAGGCUUAUUGGAAGAAGAAGGGCAAAUCCGUCAACUUCCAAGACUCCUACUACUUGGAUCAGUUCGAUAGCUGCGACAAUGAUGAUAUGUCCGACUACCCUGAAGAAGUGGCAGAUGAGAUACGCUCCCUUCGAAGUCAACUCAUCCAAUACGAGAGGAAGUUGUCGCGACCAACCCCAGAGAGUCGCGCUGAGCCAAAGACUCAAAGAGCUGCAUCUGGUUCAACCAGCAAUGCAAUGGAAGGUGCCAUGGGCCAGUUCAUGCAGAAAGCCAUGACUGACGCCAUGGCCGGCUACUUCAACAACAUGAACAGUGGUUAUCCUCAGACUCAGGAGCAGUUCAUUCAAACCCGUCGUGGUGCGAAUAGCCAACCUGAGGGCGACGAUAACAACUCGGGUUUCUAA